AUGGCGGUUCCUUUUUUCAAUCUCGCUCCCGAUAUGACAGUGUCGAGACUCUGCUUAGGGACCAUGACUUUCGGCGAGCAAAACACAUUGCCUCAAUCCUUUCAACUCCUGGAUAAGGCCCUCGAUUCUGGAAUCAAUUUCUUUGAUUCUGCUGAAAUGUAUCCAGUGCCGCAGCGUGCAGAAACUCAAGGAAGAAGUGAGGAGUACUUCGGCCGUUGGAUGCGAAGUCGAAAAAUCCCUCGCGACCGUGUAAUCUUUGCUACAAAGGUUAGUGGACCAUCUGGUCAGAUGACUUGGAUUAGAAAUGGACCUGAAAGUCUGGACACUUGGAAUAUAACUGAGGCCAUUGACAACAGUUUACUACGUCUGCAAAGUGACUACAUUGACUUGUAUCAAAUUCAUUGGCCUGAUCGCUAUGUUCCUGUGUUUGGAGAAACUGAGUAUGAUCCAACCCAAAAUUAUUCAUCUGUGAGUAUUGAUGAACAACUUAGUGCUUUAGCCAAAGCCAUUGAUGCUGGUAAGAUAAGAUACAUCGGGCUAAGUAAUGAAACACCAUAUGGUCUUAUGAAGUUCCUACAUGUUGCCGAAUGUGGAUCUGGCUAUCCCAGGAUAGUAUCUGUGCAGAACUCGUACAACCUGCUCUGCCGAACUUUUGAUUCAGGGAUGGCUGAAUGCUGUCAUCAUGAGAGGGUAAGCUUAUUAGCCUACAGCCCUCUGGCCAUGGGAAUCCUUUCAGGGAAGUAUCUCUCACUUGAUGGGUGUCCGGCUGAUGCUCGUCUGAAUCUCUUCAGAGGGCGUUAUGUCGAAGGGGAGUCGAGAUACAACUUGUCAAGUGGUUUAAUUAGAAAAACUACUGAAUUGUACCUUGACAUUGCUGCAAAUUAUGGCAUUCAUCCAGUUUCUCUUGCAAUAGCUUUCGUUUUGAGGCACCCUCUUGUUGCAAGUGCUGUUUUUGGAGCGACAAAGCCAUGGCAACUUGAAGAGGUACUGGAUGGUUGCAGAGUCGAGCUUAUUCCCGAAAUAGUUGCAGAAAUUGACAGGGUGCAUUCUGCGUUUCCAAAUCCCUGUCCCUGA